GUGUGUGUGUGGACCGAGAUCGGGGGUAGUCGAGGACGAGGCGGUCCGCGAGGAGGGCGAGCCCCGGGAAAACGGUAGGGGGCAGAGAACCGAGCGGCCGCCCGAAAGGAGAUCGCGGCGGUGGGUGCGCGCCGUCCUUGAGGUUGACCUUGGCCAGAGCGGUAAGCGGUCCGAGAGCGCGGCAUUAAACGCCCGCGGGGGCCGAACAUGGCCGUGGUCGCGUUCUGGCUGCUCCUCGGCUGCGCGGCGAUCCUCUCCCUCGGGCUCGCGUUCCUGCCGCAUCUGCUGCGCCGCAUCAAGGACCUCCUGCGGGAGAAGGCCGCGGGCGGACCGGUCCCCGAGGGCCCCCAGGACGAGGAGGCCAAGCGAUGCCUGAAGGGCCCGAGGGCUCUGCCCCUCCUCGGCAGCUUGCAUAGGCUCGCGGGGCCCGCGGGUCCCUUCGGCGCCUUCACCGCCAUGGCGCACGAGUACGGUGAGAUCUACGAGAUACAACUGGGCGUCUCGCGGUGCGUCGUCGUCAGCAGCUACAGACUGGUCAAGGAGGUGCUCAUCACCAAGGGCAGCCACUUUGGGGGCAGGCCGGACUUCAUGAGAUUCCAUCAGCUCUUCGGCGGCGACCGCAACAAUUCUCUAGCUUUAUGCGAUUGGUCGGAUCUUCAACGUAAGCGGCGAUCGAUUGCUCGUAGUUUUUGCUCUCCUCGUGGUGGCAGUUCUCAGCAAGAGGAACUAUCUCGUGUCGCCGUCGACGAAAUGUUACAGCUUCUCAAUGUCUUAAGCCACCAAGCGAAUGCUCCAAUCCUCAAAGGUGAGCGUCCGGUCAAACCUGUAAUUCUUACAGCGAUCGGCAAUAUGUUCACUCAAUAUAUGUGCUCUACACGCUUUGGUUAUUAUGAUGAGAAAUUUAAUCGAGUUGUACGCAUCUUCGAUGAAAUAUUUUGGGACAUCAACCAAGGUUAUGCCGUGGACUUUUUGCCUUGGCUCAAGAUUUUUUACACUCGACACAUGCAUCGUUUGAAUAACUGGGCAACUGAGAUACGUAGCUUUAUUCUCAAACAAAUAAUUGAGCCUCGCCGCGCGAGCUUGGACUUGGAAAAUGGAGUGCCCCGGGACUUCACCGAUGCUCUGUUACUUCAUCUAGAAAGUACAGAGUCCGAGCUCUCCUGGCAACAUAUUAUUUUCGAAUUGGAAGAUUUUUUGGGUGGGCACUCGGCAAUCGGAAAUUUGGUUAUGAUGAUUUUAGCCAAUGCAGUUUCGCAUACCAAUGUCCAGGCGAAGAUUCAAGAGGAAUGUGACGCCGUCCUAAAUCAAAAGUCCAAUGUUAAUGGUUUGAAGCUGGUUUCGUUAAAUGAUAGACUGAGCAUGCCUUAUACGGAGGCUGUAAUUUGGGAAACGCUUAGAGUCUCGAGUUCGCCAAUUGUGCCGCACGUAGCCACUUGUGAGACGGAUAUUGGCGGAUAUCCGAUUGCAAAAGAUACCGUCAUCUUCGUCAACAAUUAUGAUCUGAAUUUGGGCGAAUCUUAUUGGGGACAAGAUUGCAAGGAAUUUCGGCCGGAGAGAUUCUUAAAGCAAGCGGAACAAGAUCAUACAAUGGUUACAAGAGUCAUGAGACCCGAGCAUUUCGUGCCUUUCUCCACUGGUAAGAGGACCUGCAUAGGUCAGAGAUUAGUGCAAGGAUUCGCAUUCAUAGUCGUCACAGGACUUUUAUCGCGAUUCGAUAUAAGUGCGCCAUUUAAAGCGGACAUCAAAAGUAAAAUACAGCCAAGUUGCGUGGCCGUACCUCCAGAUUGCUUUAACCUCGUAUUUACACCCAGAAAAACCGUCUCUUCGAACAGUUCUGCACUCUAA